AUGAGCGGGCCGGGCAAGGGCACGCGGCUGAUCGUGCUCCUGGAGGGCACCGCGGCGGUGUCCACGCAUUGGGCGUCCUGGCGAGGUAGCUUCCUGGAGCCCGUGCUCCGGCAGGUGGAUCGCGGGCUGCUGGGCCGCUACGAGCUGGCACUGGUGGUGUUCCGCACCCCCGACGCGUUCAGCGACGGGUGCCUGGAGCGGUCGGAGUGGACGGGCAGCGUGGGGGAGUUCCGGACGUGGCUGGACGGCGUGCGGUUUGCGGGGGGGGGCGGCGGGUGCGAGUGCGCCCUGGCGGAGGGCCUGUCGGAGGCGGUGUACUUGUCCAAGUGCCCCAGCGGGCUGGGCGAUCCCGCGGGCCUCGCCCACCACUGCCUGCUGAUGUCGGUGUCGGACCCCAAGCGGCUGGCGGUGCCCUGGCCGUUCCCGGGCCAGUGCUCCGAGCCCGAGCGCGGGCGGACGAUGAGCUACAGGAUGGUGGCCAACGCGCGGGAGCACGACGUGCGGCUGAGCGUCGUCAGCCUGCGGCGCCAGAAGCUCCACACGCAUCUGUUCUUCAACGCGCUGCCGGCGGAGGGCAGGCCCGCCAGGGAGAAGGCGGAGAUGCUGGCGCUCAGCUGGUUACGGAGCUACUAUGUUUUGAUCAACCCAGCGUGGAAUGAUGCCUGGCAAGUUCUGCUGCAUGAAAAGAAGGCAAACCGGCACACUGGCCCCCAGGAGGGGACAUCCGCCCCAUCCAACCCAAUCACAACAUCGUCCGGUAUGCAGUCACAAACUCCGACCAGCACACAGACGCACUCCCCAGGAAUCCAGAUGCCUCGCAAUGCUGCUUCGACUGGAUCUGUUUCUGUGAAGAGACCAUUGGCAAAUGGUCCAGGCAGCGUGGGAGCUUCAGCGAGUUCCAUGCAGCAUCACUCACCGUAUGCUGUGCAGUAUCCUCAGAUGAAUGGCUCUCCCAUUGUGAGUCCAAUGCUUGGAACCAGCCCCCAGGCUGGCACAUCUCCAGGACCACACCAUGGCGUGGUGGCCAAUGCUCAGCCCUUGGCAAGGAGCCCCGCGGUGCACACUGUCUCCACCUCGCCCCCGCAGCAGGAACAGCAGCACCAGCAGCAACAGAAAGUGGUGUCACCCCCGUCAUUGCACUCUCAGCCAUAUGUUGGGUCGGUGCGUGCAACGCCGCCUCAACCACAGCAACCCCCUGUGGCAAACCAGCGGGCUCCAGCGAAGCACCAAGUCCCUGUGGGACAGAACAACCUGCCAUUGAACCAUCAGAUCCGCAUUGCAGCGGGUCGCACAUCGGGGCACCAGGCCAUGGCCCCAGUGGGCGUGAGGGGCGAGAACCAGCAGGACAUGACGCAGGGCAUGGCACAGGGCAGGGUGCAUGCAGGCAUGUCACAGCAAGUGCCAGAGCAUGGCAUUCCCCAGCAGGCGCAUCAGCAGGGCGCCAUGCAGCAGAACUCACAUCAAGGAAUCCCGCAGCAGAUGCAUGAGAUGCAACAGCAGCAGCAAAUGCAACAGCAGCCACAGCAGCAAAUGCAGCAGGGGAUGCAAAUGCAGCAGGGGAUGCAGCUGCAGCAGCAGGGGUUGCAGCCGCAGCAGCCACAGCCGCCAAUGCAGCAGGGUUUGCAAGUGCCGCAUGGGUACCAGCCACAGCCAGGGAUGCCACCGCAGCAGCAAAUGCAGCAUGGCAUUCAGCCACAGCAGCCAGUGCAGCAGCCGGUACAGCAGCCAGUGCAGCAGGGCUUGCAGCAACAGCACCAGCACAUGCAGCAGGGAAUGCAACAGUAUGAAAUGGGACAGCAGGGAAUCCCACAGCAUGGAAUGCAACAGCAGAUGCCACAGCCGUAUGGUGCACAGGUGCCCAUCUCCCAGUCGGUGGCAGGUGGCAUGCAGGGCAUGCAGAACACCAGGGUGACAUCACAGGGACUGCACCCGCCGACACACGUUGCCCCCUCGGCUGCUGCAUCCUGGCCUGGGCAGAAUCAGGCCAUGUCUUCGGGGCGAUACCACAGGAUGGGGGAGCCUGCAACGGGGACCCCUGCCCCAGCACCGGCACCCGGGGCACUGGCUGGGGCGAACAUGGGAUAUGGAGGUCCAGCUAUGCAGGGAUCGAUGGGUGAGAUGAACAGUAUGCAGAUGGGGAGGACGAGUGUGGUUGGUGGCCAGGCCAGCCAUGCAGGGAACGGUGUCCAGCAGCAAGGCAGUAUGCAUCAAGCUGGCACCAUGCAGGUCCCUGGCUUGGCCUCGGGAAUGGUGUCCAACCAAGCUCCGAACCAGGCCCUCCACUCCAGGCAGGAUGCUGCGGGGAUGGGCCAACAGCCACCGCAGGGCCGGUCGGUGCAGGGCAUGCCCGGCUACGGGAUGUCAGGGUGGGCAGGUGGUGGGAACAUGGGAGGCAUGCCGGCAGGUGCGCCAAUGGGCACAGGAGGGUACCAGAUCCAGCAUCACCAUCAACAGCAACAGCAGCAGCAGCAGCAGCAGCAGCAGCAGCAGCAUCUGCUAUCGCGUGUUGACCAGCAGGCAGCCAAGAGGCAGCGCCUUCGAAGUGGCCACUCGGGUAUGGCUGGGCAGCAGGUGUCGACAGUGCGAGGCCCUGCUGCCACAAGCAUGGGGAUGCCUGGCUACGGGAACCCUGGAAUGCCCAUGGGUCAGCAGCAGCCAAACCCAAACUCGGGCCUCAUACCAGGUUCCGCCAGCAGCAACGAUCUGUACCGUGUUUGGCAAGGCACAGUCGUCCUGUCCCCAGCGCUCACUAAGAAGCUGCAAGCACAGAAGAUGUUUGAUGCACGGAUAAUGUCAUCCCAGUAUGGCGUGCAGCACCGAUGGCCACCGCAGGUGAUGGUGGUGAAGGUAGAUGAUCGUCGGGAGCACUCUCACCAGCAGAACAGCCAGUACGUCAUGAUCCCGGAGUCCAACACGCAACUGGGCACAGCCGUGUUAGAGAAGAUGAGGACCAAGAACAUGGCCGCUUUCGUGGACAUGAAUCCAGAACCCACAAUGCUCGUGUUGCGGGUGCAGGUCUGGCGCAACGGGAUGGUGCUCACUGGCUACAGUAGGCCCAGCAGUUUGAGGCUGGAUGGGUCAUGA